GUCUCCACCCGCACUCUCUCCAGGCCCUCCUCGCUCUUUUUCCUUCGUUGAGCGCAGUCUGCUGUUCAUGUCCGAACCCACACUAUAAUCGUUCCCGCACGCGUACCUAAUGAAACUCACGCUUCGCCCGGAGUGGAGGCUUCGGCCACUAACCUCCUUUCUUGGCUUUCUCGACAUCAAGACAGGCGUCACCAUCGCCCUCCUCUUUGCCCUCCUCAACAAAGUCGCAGGCGUAUAUGGCCUCGUCGCUCUCCUCACCGGUGCAGGUGGAUCCGUCGCUCAGCUGACCCUCUACAUCUACUCUGUGAUCGGGCUAGUUGCGCUCGUAUGGGGUCUCAAGGCCACCCUUCACGAGGACCCCAAGCAAACUCUCUACUUUGCCCAUCUGUUCUUUGCAGACCAUAUACUGUCAAGUGCUUGGCUCGUGUUUUUCGCCGUGCUGUGGUGGGUCUACACGCCGCACGAUGGCACGGUUCAAAUACAUUCGGACGCCCAAAAGGACGUCCAAGCGAGCGGACCGGGACACAACAUGACGGCAGAGGAGCGUGCAGCAGCGGCAAUGACUAUCUGGAACGCAGAGAAGGGCAUCGCCACCGCCAUGAUCGUCAUGGGCUGGGUCCUCAAGAUCUACUUCGCGGUUUUGCUGUAUUCGUACGCCAUCCACCUCCGCAAGGGCUCGUACCGGUCACUCCCCCACUCGCGAUCGUACUCGCCCAACGGCACCACCAACGGCGGCUUGUACUCUACGUCGGCUCUCCCGGACGAGGACGACGAUGACGUGGAGGAGUUCUACCGCCUGCCUGUACGUGCGCCGAACGCGCAGCCGCAGUCCCUACCGCAGAACGGCAGCGCCCGUACCGGAGGGCACACGCCCGCCUCUUCGCUCUCGAGCUUCACCGACUUCGUGAGCGCCCCGGCAGGACGUGCACGGCGCGGAAAGCCGGGCAAAUCCAACCUCAGUAUCUCCACGAGCGCGAACGGCGGCGUCGGCGCGGAGGGGCCUGGGGAGGUGAUCUUCGACGAGGACAUGUCGGAUGGCUCAGGGAGCCGGGAUGGCAAGCCGGAGGACAGGCGGCCGUUAAUGGGCGCUUCGGGGUCGUCGACAUCCUCGCAUAGCAGGAGAACGAGCCGGAGCAGAGAUUAGGGGUGAUUGGUAGGCGAGUCCUUGGCUUAUGUGUGCAAGUCUGAGGAUAUCGGGCGCGGUAUCUGCGGGAAGGCGGGGCCGUGUAGUCCCUUGGUCGUUGCUCGGUCGUGGUGGCAUGUUCUCGCGCAUUUUCCCCAGUCUUCAUCUACCGUCCAUACUGAACAUAAUGUCACAUAGAUACCUGGUUUACCUUGCGAUACACUACUCUCUUGUCUCUGGGCAGAUGAAGCCAUGACCACGCCGAACAAUUCUGCAGGACAACUCACCAAUUGUCGCAUGCAGCCAGUAUCGGCAGUCUCGAAGGUGCUGGUGCGCCGUGUUGUCUGAAGGUCUAGCGGAGGCAAUUGUCGACCUGUAUGAGGCAGUUGUGCGUUGCUCUGGCCUCUGGCCACCUAUGUUUCUGGUUUCUUGUCGGAGUUUUUCCCUUGUUCUCCUUGUGUUUAGCUCAGGCCGCUCGCCAAUGUACAUCGAUAGUCG